UUCAAACCGCUAUGAUGUACUUGACGCAAAACCUUUACAUUUGGUUUCGUUCGCAUAAACCGUUUUUUUUUAACCGAUAUUUGGAACAGUAUUUACAUAAAGGUUUUUUGAGAUUAAAAGGUUUAGAGCAAUAAAAACCGGUUAAAACGGACGCACCCUAAAGAAACGCCGCGCAUUGUUCAGAUUUUAUUCAGUAGUAAGAUUUUUUUCGUUUGGGGUCGGACGUUCAUGUCAUUGCAUCAAUACGCUCUGUUGCAAACAUAAAUAAUGAAUCCUAUGGACCAAUUAGAUAGUCAGCCAUUUUUUAUUGAAGAAGAAAGCUCUCAAUAUCUAGGUGAAUCACGAAAAAGAAGACAGGAAUAUUGUGAUGAUGAAAAUCAAUCCCAAUCAUUGCUAAUACCUAAAAAACGUGUUAUCAACGCAUCUGACACGUUUAACAUAAACACCCAAUUUGAGAAAGAGGAUGAAAAAAAUAGUUCUGAUAGUGACGAAAAGAUGAAGUGUGGUGAAGAUUCUAAACCAGAAGAAGAAACUACUUCAAAUGUCAAACAAUGUGUUUUUUGUAUAUUUGAUAAGGAACUAGAUAAACGAAACUAUUAUUUUGGAAAUUUGUUAAUAGGUGAAUUACAAUUUUUGCCACCAUGUAUGCGCUCUGAAGCAUACAUCAAUAUUUUAAAGUAUAUAGAUGCUUUAAAACAUCAACACCGUGAUAAAUCAAACAAAUAAAUAUUAAAUUUGUAUGAUGUGCCUGAACGAACAUGCAAAAUAUCAAUGUGGAUCAUUCAUACUUAAAUGUUACUAAUAAAAAUGAUUAAAGGAAAA